GAAUGAAACAACAUAUCACUUUUGAUUGAACAAUCAGUUAAUCAACUAUUAAAUCAACUCUAACUCUUAUUUUCUUUUGUUGUUUCAACAUCAAAUAAAAACAAAACCAAAAUGAUGAUCAUCGCAGUUGUCGCUUCACUCAUUGCCGUCGCUCAAGCUGGUAUCGUUGCCGGACCCGCAUACGCAGCAGCUCCAAUCGCCUAUGGACCUGCCUAUGCUGCACCAAUCAUCGCCAAAGCACCAGUCGUUGCCGUUCCCAACAUUGUUACAUCAUACUCAAGCUCAGUCUCACAUGUUGCUCCAGUCGCAGCUCCAGUUGUUGCCAAAGUAGCCGCUCCAGUCGUUGCUGCUCCAGCCUAUGCAGCCCCAGCCUUCGCAGCUCCAGUUGUCCACAAAGUUGCUGCUCCAGCUUACGCUCCAUACCCAUACGCUGCUCCAGCCUUCGCUGCCCCAGUCGUCCACAAAGUUGCUGCUCCAGUCCUUGCUGCACCAGCUUUCGCUCCCCAAAUCUACCACUAAAUGUGAUACUCUUCAUUGUUAAAUUGUUUCAUCUUCUGUUACAAUCACUGCCUUACAAACAUGCAAAUCGGAAUUCAAUACCUUUUACCCUUUUCCUUAUCCAAACCCAAUCCCAACAUCCAACCAACACCCUUCUCCUUUCCCACUGUGAUUCCAGUUUCAGUUGAUUAUCGCUAGUAAACACUCGUUGGUCCAAUGAGUCAAAUCGAAUCACUUCACCGAAAAAAUAUUCACCAAAAAAAAGUUCUUCAUUUAAAUGUCAAUAUCACUCUUCUUCACCACUCCAAUCUGCUCAACACUUGCUUGCCAAAUUACAUUUUUGGUUUUGUGGUAAAAUAUCAACUUCAAUUGUUACCAACUGUAAACUCUGUAAAAUCAAAGUGAGCAAUUAAUAUAUUGUCAUUUAAUGAUACCAAAAACUCACCAAAAGCAAAUAAAAGUGAAUUAAUUAUUCCGUUAUUUUUUGAAAACAAGAAAA